CUAAGAUCAUCGACUUUAAUCCUGCUUCGUACCAAGCACUCAUCAGUUCAAUCCGAGAUAUCGAAACUCAAGCGAGCCUCGGCCGAGCACAUUUAUGUGAAAGGCAAAUCAGAGUGCCUGCCAGGCACACGGGUCAAGAUUCAAGAAUCCCUACUCAAUCACCUGAAGGGAGCUGGGAACCGAUUCGUUUGGCUACGGGGAUCUUCUGGGACGGGGAAGAUUGCGAUAUCUAUGAGUGUUGCAUCCACUCUUCAGGAGCAGGGUAUGCUGGCCGCGUCAUUCUUUUGGGAUAAGAACCAGGCAGGAACAAGCUUGGAUUCUAUCGAACUGUUCCCCUCUACCCUUGCUUGCCAACUCGCAUCCUUCAAUGAGGACUUCAAAUUGUCGCUUGUCGGGCGCCUUCGGCAACUUUCCUUUGUUCACGAUUUGUCUCUGAAAGAACAAAUCGAUACUCUGAUGAUUGGGCCGAUGCGUGACUUGAAGGACAUAUGGUCGAGAAAGGAUCGCCCCGUUAUCGUCCUGGAUGGCCUUGAUGAGUGCGGGGAUCAGGAGAGACUCAGGUCGCUGAUGGAACUAGUACUUACCUUUCUGAAGCUGCCGCCGAUAAUUUCUGUGCUAGUUAGUUGUCGUCCUGAGCCAGAAGUUAUUUCAGCUUGGAAUAAAGCUCGGGCCAAGGGUCAUGUCGUACCAUGUGAAGAUUUGGACCAGGUUGUAGCGGGAGAAGCUUUCCAAACGGUUCGCCGUAUGGUGGAAGAAUGCCUUCAGCACCUCUUUGACAAAUAUUUGUGGAAACCAGACAAGAAGGAACUUGACGCUUUCGCUUGGGCUUGUCGGGGGUUGCCUGUGAUGGCGUCUAUCCGGGUUCGCGAUGUUGACCUGCAGACACGGUGUGGCCGCACCUUACAGUCGGUGUUCCGGGAGUUGCUAAACCUUACCAAUGCACCUCCCAACCUUAACUGGGAGUACUUGCGAAUUCUUCGACAAGCCUACAUGCUGGAUUCAUCUGGUAUUCACCCAGAUGUAGCCAAGAAGUAUCGCUCAGUGAUUGGCGCGAUUGUUGCGAUGCAUGAACCGAUGACCAUCUCUUUUAUGUCACAGCUUUUCAAGAUCGGCGAAGACGAGAUCCGUGCGACAUUAGAACCAAUCAGCUCCAUCGUCAAUCUACCCUCAGAGAACACAGAGGAAGUCAUCUUAUAUCACGCAACGGCAAAAGAAUUCAUCAUGGGGGAACCAAUUGGUAAUGAAAAGGACAGAGUAUUCUUCAUCGAUGACGUGAAAGGGUAUUUCCUUGGAUUGCCACUCCUUCGACUCUUCAACAAUUAUUGUGAGCAGGAUGCAUUUGGAAUGCCUACGAAUCCCCCUUUAGGAGAUAAAAGAAUAUGGAAGGAGUUUAGGGCGAAAAAAGCGGAUUAUCGCAGGCGCUUCUCCUAUGUUAUCGGAUACUUGCUUGAGCACUUGGACCCUUCGCAACUUUUUUCACAGGAGUCCAAUGAAUUGCAAACCGAAUUUAAUUCCUUCAUCACGCAGAAACGCGUCUUGACUUUGAUGCACUUGCAAAACCGUUUUCGCGGACGAUUUACCAAACGUUUAUUUCCUAAAGAAUUACUUCAAUUCAAUGUAAGUUUAGAUGAGCUAGAUUCCGCUGCUGCGCAUAUGCCAUGGGAAUUCUAUCGAUCGAAGCUUCUUUUCACCCCACCCUCAUCACCCCUUUACAAACAAUAUGGCCAUCUCUCUGAUCCUGUCCGGAUCUUCUCCGCUUUUGGCGAGUUCUCUGGUGGCACCAUUCCAUUAAGCAAGGAUUUGCUCAGUGCCCAAGCGAUCAUGCAGGAAAAGUUACCAGAGGAUAAAUGGGGACGCAAUUACGAAGCUGAAUUUUAUGACCCUGAUGUUCGCAAUGGCAUUGUGACAUGUGCUGCACUCUCCCCUGAUGGUCGCUAUAUUGCACUCGGAUUUGGCAGCGGAAUUAUCGAGGUGGCUGACAUUGACCACCAGCGCAUGAUCUGCCGAUUGCAGCACUAUCCAGCCUAUUUCCCGGCCUGGAUCGAAUUCGUCCACGGCAGCCAUCGAGUUGCCACUGAGGAUAACAAUGGGAAUGUAACGAUCCUCGGUGACGGCCUAACCCCUGUAAAUCUUGGCACUCUUCCCACCGGUCCCUAUCCAGCUGGAACCGCAGCCUCAGACAACGGAUUAUUUGUCGUGCGAGUCCCACGAAAUCUCGACAACCCUUGGUACGACAACAUGAUGCUCAUAUCUGUUUCGGGGCAUCCAUCCAUUCAGCGUCUCGCCUCCCCUCCUUUCUCCCUAUCAUCUGGAUUUGAUCAUAAUAAGUCAGGCAUUCCGCACCGUCGGACCCUUGGUUUCUCUCCAGGAGCACGCUAUGUUGGUGCUUUUGAUGGGACCCAGGCUGUUACCUGGUCAACCGAAUCAUGCCAGUGCAUUGUGGGUUAUCGGGUGACGAACUACGAUUUCUGGAUUAUUAAUCCUAAUGUCCCUCCGACAUGCUCAUAUCUCAUCCCUGAUCCUAUGUUCACUCGAGCCACUAUUCCCUUGGCAGAAGGCGACAUGGCUGAUGAAGGACUUGAUUCAGUAGAUGAAUUCUGGAUCAAGUGCCCAUUUUACGAUGUCUCGCCAUCCACAGGGUCUUGGGACCCUAGCAUCUAUUCGUCUGCGGUAGGAAGGACCCCACUGAUCGAGUCCUUAUUAGUCUGGUUCGAUGGCAGAGAAGAGCUUAUGCUCCCAUUGGGUUUUGGAUCUCGCCUAGUUAGGGGAGCCUGGUAUGGUGAUCGGAUGCCAGAUAAUGAUACGGGGUUCUACCGCCCUCAGUCCAGCAGAGAUGGAACCCGAUUUCUACUCCAGGGCGGGCGAAGAGCCCCAAUUGUUGUCGACAUCAGCCAAAUCGUUUAG